GCGGAUCUUAUAUACCAGCCUAGAAGAAGUCUUUAUUCAGUUAGUCUUUGAAGACGUAAAAAGUUUUGUGAGUUGUAAAUUGUUAAAUUUUUUUUGUGAUCGAAUUUUUUUAUUAAAAUGGAUAGCAACUAUAUUUAUAUUUAUAUUCUUCUAGUAUUCUCGAUUGGUAAACUGGCUUCAUGCAAAAACAUUGAAAAAAAUCAGAGAAUUGACAACGAAGACGUAAAAUAUCUUGCGUUUGUAACAAACGGUGAUUUAUAUUCUUGCCCAUGUGUAAUAAUAAGCGAAAGACAUUUAUUGGCAAGUGGAUCAUGUAUCCGCAGACAUGAGCGUGGAUUAGAAAUAAUUGCAGGUGUCGUUCCACACACCUAUGAUGUAAAUGACAUCGAUAAUGACGAUGAGAGAGCUAUGAGAAAGAUAUCCAAAAUAAAGUAUCAUGAUCAAUAUGUCAACCAAGUUCGGAGCAUACGGAUACAUAAUAGUUUUGUGGUAUUAACUUUAACAGACAGCUUGCCAAUAGGAAACAACAUAAAAAUAGCAAAAUUACCGACUAAAGAUGUUGAAAUAAAUGACGAAGCUACGAUACAUGGUUGGUACCAAACUUGCACAAUCAGAUCACCGCCUAGAUUUAUCAAUGCACCGCUAACUGUAGUUGAUAGCAGUAAUUGUUCGCGAAUUGACAAGGACGAAUUUUGUGUCAGCAGCGAAAUGACGGAAAAGAUAAUCCAUUCAUCGCCAGUGAUUGUCAAUGGAACAAUAAUCGGAUAUACGACCUUUGGAUGCCCGUCAUUAAACAAUGACCACACGGUGACAAGUGUUUAUUAUUACUUGUCAUUUAUUAAAAAUGCCAUGAAGCCAUUUAUUUAAAAAAAAAAAAAAAAUAUUAUUUUAGUUUUAAGAAUAAUUGAAUAAUGAUCUGAAUUGUUAUAUAAAUACUUGACUGAGAAAUUUGUAUCAUACCAAACUGUAUUUUUAUAAGAUUAAAAUAAAUUUUUUAAUUUUUUUGACUAA